AUGGUGAGAGGGAAAACUCAGAUGAAAAGGAUUGAAAAUGCAACAAGCAGGCAAGUGACUUUUUCCAAGCGCAGAAGUGGGCUGCUCAAGAAGGCCUUUGAACUUUCAGUUCUUUGUGAUGCUGAAGUUGCAGUUAUAAUCUUCUCUCCCAAAGGAAAACUCUAUGAAUUCUCAAGUUCCAGUGUCAACAAAACCACACAACGGUAUCUGAAGAAUGUCAAAAACCGAUCCAUUGAACAAAAAACAACUGAACAAAAUAUUGAGAAUUUUAAAGGCGAGACUGCACAACUGAGGACGAAGAUCGAGCUCCUUGAGGAUUCAAAGAGAAAGCUUCUAGGAGAUGGUUUGGAUACUUGUUCCAUAGAUGAAUUACAACAGGUCGAAGAACAGUUGGAACGAAGUUUAAUCAGCAUUAGGGCGAGAAAGAAUUUGUUAUUCAAAGAGCAGAUUGAUCAGCUGAAAGAACAGGAGAAAAUCUUAGGAAAACAAAACGAAGAAUUAAGAAAAAAGCGUGAGAUGGUGCCAUUGUCACUGUCAAUAAUUCCAGACUCGGGGGCUCUUGCUCAAGUUAAGGAAGUCGAGACGGCAUUGUUCAUAGGACCCCCCGAAACGCGAGCCACCAAUUAG